AUGAUUUCAACAGAAUCUAAAUUUUAUACUUCGAAAAAUUCAAUUUCUGAAUCUUUACAAAUACGAACUAAUAAACAUCGUUGUUUUGUGUUUUGUAUUGGACAUACAUCAUUAACAUGUGUACCAGGUAUUGGUAAAAAAAAUAAAUAUUUAUUAAAUCAAUCUGGUAUACAUGAUUUAACAACACUUUAUUCAAAAUAUCGUUCAAUAAAUAAUAUUGAAAAUUUUAAACAAUGGUUAAAAAAUGAUAUUGGCUUUACAUCAUAUCAAGCAAAAAUGACAACAUGUGGACUUAGUACAAAAUUAGGAAAAAUUCAAGAACUUGAUAAAGGUUUAAUACCAAUUUGUUGUUCAACAAAAGAAAGACGAGAAGAAAAAUAUAAAUUAUUAUUUCAUAAUAAAAAUAUUAAUAAGCGAAUUCACAAUAUGAAAUUAAUAAAUGAAAAAAAUAAAAAGUUAAAAAUUGAAAAAAACAAAUCAGAAAGUUUAUUAACAAAUUCUUCUUAUGAUCAAACAGAAAGUCUAAAAUUAUUCAAUACAUUAAUGCAAGAAGAAACUAGUUUAUUAUCUCAUGAAGUUUCUUUCGGUGAAAAAUUUAAAGCAAAAGAAAUAUUAGAAACAAAACUAAUGAAAUUUAACUCAUCUUCAAUGAUUCAUGAAACUACAAAUGUUAAUAUUGAUUCAACACAAUCAACAAUACAGAACAGUUCGUCAUUGGAUAUGAAUAAUAUACAAAAUAUAGAUUCAAACGAAACAACUACAUCACAUGAAUUUCCUAAAAUUAAUUUAUUAUCAGACAGUGAGCAUUCAAAACAAUUAGAAAUAAAUCAAAUUCACAACAAUAUUGACAAAACACUAUCAACAAUAGAAUCAUCCAAUAUUUCUGAACUACAGCAAUCUAAAGACAAUCGAGAUCAACAAAUGAAAAUUAACUAUUCCAAAGAGAUUACCACUAAUUCUAUACCACAAGAAUUCGAUUCAAUUUCAUCAUCUGAAUUACCGAUAGAAAAUAAAGCUCAAUCAAAUGAAUACUCGCAAGACUAUGUUGUUAAUCAAUCUGAUUCAUCAUUGAAUAAAUCUCAACAAAAUCAAUUUCAAGAACAAAUUGAAAAAAUUGUUCGUCGUAUAAUGAAACAAGCUACACAUAUUGUCAGUGAAGUUCUACAAACAUCACAAGCCAAUACUAUAUCAUUUACUAAAACUAACUCAAUAGAAUCGUCUUCUAUUCAAAUGCCAAUAUUUGAAAUGAAAAAUUCUAAUGAUAAAGCACAAUCUAUAAUCUUAUCACAAAGGCAAGAUGAUCAACAUCGUACUACACCAUCGAAAUGUAUUCCAUUAGCUGAACAACUUGCUCAAACAGGAUCAAAAAAGCUAACAACAACUUUAGAGUCUAAUACCUCAUUAUCAUCAAGUUCUAUGCAAUCAAUACAUAAUAUUAAUUCAUUUAUAGAUAAAGUACAAACUAAUUCUACUGAUAAAAACUAUUUCGAAAAAGAAACAAAUUCAAUAAUUAAACACGAUUAUGUACUUUUAAAUACUUCAACUAGCAAGAAUAAAUUUGAAUCAAUAUCUACAUCAAAUUUGAAUCAAAUAUCUGAUUUUACUACUGAAAUUUCUAUGAAUAGAAUUUCAACAGAACAUCACAAACAAACAUCACUAUUAACUACAACUCUUUUCAAUGACAAUAAAAAAUAUAAACUUAAUACUACAACAAUGAUACCAUUUUAUCAUUUAAAUCAAUUACCAAUAUCACAGAAAAUAAAAGAUAAUGAAUUCAUAAAUAAAAAUCUAUCUGAAAUAAUAACUGAAAAUGAAAUACUGGAUCGAAUAUUUAAUCCAUCAACUCCUAAAUCAUGUUAUCCUAUUUGGAAUAAUAUAUCAAAUGAAAAACUUCUAUCUCAACAUAAAAAUAAUCAUUUGAUUUUAAUAGAAAAAGAUAAAUUUUCUAAAGAAAAUAAUCAUAAUGAUCAUAAUCAAAAUUAUCAUUCAUCAACUACAUUAUUUACAUUUAUUACAAGACAACAAUACGCAAAAGAACAACAAACACUUAAUGAACAUAUUCUCUAUGUUAAACAAACCAAACCUUUAUAUAAAUCAUCAUAG